AUGAAGCCUUGGGAAAAACAUCCAUUCCAGGAAAAAGAUCCGCGAAAGUCAACUUUAGCCAAGGUUGUUCCAACACCUAACAAUGGAUGGGCAGAACUUGUACCUCUUAGAAGGACUCAGAGGGCUGGCAGCACAAAGAUAUGGUUCGAGUUCCAGAAAGUUCAUUACACUUUGGAUGAAGCUACAAACACUUUUAGUACAGUGGUAUUUGAUGCGCGAAGACCGAUGAGGUAUUAUCAGCAGUCUCGCGGAAUUGAGAGCGAUGACCAGUUGGGGGAGGUAAAGUACCUCCUAGGAGAUAACCAGUUAGUCUUUCUAUUUGUUCUUUUACUGAUUGCUGUG